AUGAGGCUCAUCAAACAAAACAUCGAGAAGAAGACGGGUGCAGGCACAGCAACGCUGCUGCCAGAAGAGCCGGAGGAUAUGUGGCACGCCUACAACCUGAUCCGACCAAACGAUCUCCUCCGUGCUUCUGCUGUCCGCAAAGUCAUCAAUGAAUCAUCCUCAGGCAGUCGCUCAAACGAACGAGUCCAUACCACUCUGACUAUACGAGUAACGAAGCUGGACUUUGAUCCGCAAGCGGCACAACUCCAUGUCUCUGGCCGCGUAGCAGAGGAGAAUAAGAUCGUCAAGCUUGGUAGCUUUCACACACUGGACCUCGAAUUACAGCGGAACUUUCAGCUUGAAAAGUCGGAAGGAUGGGACAGCGUAGCGCUGGAUAUGCUGAAAGAAGCUAUCAAUCAAGAUGCCAAGGCGCAGCUAUGGGCCGUGAUUAUGAAGGAAGGGUUGGCAAACAUCUGUCUCGUGACCGACCAUCAAACGACAUUACGGCAGAAGAUUGAGACGACACUACCACGCAAACGAGCCGGCUCAACCGACCACGACAAACAGCUCCAGAAGUUCUUCCAGACGACUUUCGACUCUUUACUUCGGCAGAUCGAUAUCGCGAAUCCACUACCACUACUACUUGCCAGUCCGGCCUUCACAGCAUCUCAAUUCCAACAAUACAUCAAAGAUCAAGCUGCUCCGUCCGCCAAUGCAAAACAGCUCAACGCUCUCCUCGCAAAGACAACAAUAGCACCCGCCGCAACAGGACACCUGCACAGUCUAGCCGAAGUGCUCGCCUCCCCAGCCGUAACGAGUAAACUCUCCGACACGAAGUUCGCUCGUGAGACGCAGCUCGUGGACCGCUUCUUCGAGCUCAUGCGCAAAGAAGACGCGCGCGCAUGGUACGGACCGCGAGAGUGCGAAUACGCCGUCGCUCAAGGCGCUGUAGGGAAAGGCGGGGGCGUGCUACUGAUUAGUAACGGGCUAUUCAGGUCUCAGCAGAUUGAGGCGAGGAAACGGUGGGUGAAGCUGGUAGAUGAUGUGAAGGAGGGCGGUGGGGAGGUGAGGGUGUUGAGUAGUAUGCAUGAAAGUGGACGGAGGUUGGACAGUCUAGGUGGAGUGGCGGUUAUCUUGACUUACCCUAUUGAGGAUUUGGAUGAGGUGGCUGGUGGAGGCGACGAGGACGGUGAUGAUGAGGUUGAGUUCGACCAGGUUAAUGGGGAUGUGCUCAGGCCGAAUGGAGUGGAGGGGAGGGUUGAGCAUGAGGAGGAGAUAGAUCUGUUAUGA